AUGCGCCAGGAUAACACGACCCAACAGGGCGGAGACAUUGUUCCGGCCCCUCCCUACAACUUGAAUACAGUCAAUCUUUUCCAAUGCGGAAUGGGUUCGGAAGCAGAGCUCUGCGACCUCGCCCACGGCUCCGAGCUGGCGGCUCUGUCUUGCCGAGAGUGUAGGAGACGGAAGAUCAAGUGCAGCCGCGAGCUUCCCGCCUGUGGCGCCUGCAUGGGCUCUGCGAACGCCUGUGUAUAUCCUGCGGGGCCUCUGAAACCCGGUCCCAAGGCUGGCCACUUUCGCCCAUCGAAGAAAAGAAGGCUGGAGCUUCAAAGUCAUUCGCCACGGCCGAUAGACAUGGGCUUGCGCACGACAGUUCCUCAACACAACACGAAUGCUGAGCUUGCGGAGUCGUUUGUAUCUCAUUCCCCGGAACAGGGCUCGAGAAUAGAUGCCAGUGCCUCGAAAGAACCAAGUGGCGCCUCCCUGUCCAGUCAAAGUCCAGAGCAGAGCCCCGCUGUCACCCAUCGAAGGCUUUCCUGGCUGGUUCAUCCCAAUCACGAACCAAUAUACAAGCCGUCAGAUUGGACGGAACACUCGAUGAUCGAGCCGUUGACGGACCAAUGUACGCCGCUUUCCCUCCCGGCGAGCCUCAUGGAGUCGAUUUGCGACACUCUCCACACUGAUGAGGCGGACAUUCAUCACCUCGUCGCUCUUUACUUUGACAAUAUGAUGUCGUUUACAUUGUUCACUCCGCACUUGCUGAAUAUCAAGUUCCAAGCUGCGGCACCGUCGCACGUCGCUGCUUUGCUGGCGGCAAUGUUCUCAUUUUCGGCCCGGUUCCGACUAGACAGCACAAGUACGAAUGGCGUUGCCGCUGUUGCUGAACAUCCGCGAACAUCGCCAGGUGUAAACGACUUUUACCGAAUUGCGACAGCGUCCAUUGACCAGGAGCUCAUGGACCUCAAAUCGCCACCGCCGCUUCUGUUGCUGCAAGCCAUGGUCUUGUUAACAUUUCAUGACCUGAUUGAGAGUGCAGAGGGUAAGGGGUGGCGAUCCCUGGGUCGUCUGGUCCGCAUCGCGUAUGAGCUCCGGCUUCAUCUGGUGGACCGGGAUGUCAGCCAUUUCUCAGUGGAGCAUCCGGAUACGUGGUCGAUGAAGGAAGAACGUCGUCGAGCCUGGUGGGCAAUCUGGGAGCUCGAUGUUUUCGCUUCUACGGUCCGUCGACUUCCCCCUGCAAUUGAUUGGAGUCAGAACUGGGCCAUGUUACCCGUGGACAAUGAAUGCUGGCUCCAAAAGAAACCGAAGCCAAGUUGCUAUCUCGUUGCCGAUCCCAUGGAACGAUCCAAGGUUCUUCAACACUGCGGCAGUCAAUCAGAAAAAGCAUGGUUUAUUGUGGCCAAGUCCCUCAUGAGGACUGCCUACUGUGUGUCGAACUCGCAGGAAUACUUCUGGUCUCCCCCUUCUUCCUACCCUCCCCAACCAGGCCGACCGCCAUUGCCGCAGCAGCAGAUGUCGGCUCAAAUCAAAUUGUCGCAAGAAAUCGUCAACAACGCCCUGUACUGCUUCUCCGUUGCCUUGCCGCGCCAUUUGAGAUAUCGAGGCCAACAUCUCUUUAGCAAUGUCGCAUCAGCAUCCACGAGGACCAAGCAACGUGACUCUGACAUUUACAGCAUUCAAUGUAUGCUCAAAACUACCGCCUAUAUGCUGAACGAUCCCAAUGCACUGGAAACUGCAUCCCGGUCGACCCAGUUCGAUUCGUCAUUGUCCCCACAACAGCAACAGCAAGAGGUAGAAUCGGAGAAGCGUCAGGAAAGCCAGCAAUCUUGUGAAAUGGACAAAAUCCUGGCAAAGAACCUCUCCAUGGCGGAUGCAAUACUAUCCCUGGUCCGUAACAGCGGCCCAGACCAUGUUCAUCUGGUCAAUCCAUUCUUCGCAAGUACGAUUUGGCUGGCCACAGCAAUAUUUGUGGUUUACAAACAUCUUUGGGUUUUUCAUGAGGGUUCCCGCGAGCGACUUCUGGUGGAGUCCAACGUCGAUCUACUGCGAACUACCUUACGCCAGUUUGUGCAAUGGUGGAAUAUGUCGGAUAUUCUGGAAGCAAAACUCUCCGAGCUCGAGAAGGAGCUGGUGAGUAUGCGGAAGAUGGGAAGUGGAGGCGCCGACUCGAGUGACUUACAACGACAAGAACGACAACAAUACUUUCUGGGAAAUGAAGGACAGGAAUUUCUACCAGAGUCGAUUGGUGCGAACCCUACUGUCCCGUAUCCACCAAGAAAUAGCAGCGACGAAGGUGCAAUCCCAUGCGACGUGCUGCUCAAUGGUGGCAGUAGCAUGGUACAUGACAGACUUCCACCCGGGAAUGCGGAUGAGCUGGGCUCAGACGAAACCUUAGGCUUGAUACAGGAUAGAGGGUCUUUGCCCUUAUUCUACGAGAAAGGCUCGGGACCAUUCCAUGAUGAUUUGUUCUACAAUGUGGAGUUGCAAGGGUUUUUGGAUGGCAUGUGGGCUGCAUAUCGGGGGCAGGACCCAUGA